UCUCCGGGCCCUCACGGGGCCGUGGGUCGCUCAGUAGGGAAACCAGGCCCCCGGACCCAGCCACUGACCGGGCCUCGCCGUGGGGUCUGAGGGCCAGUGGUGAGGUUCGGGACCCGCCUUUUCCGCUCAGGCUCCUCUGGCUGACCUGCCCACGGCCGCGACCCGAGAGGACCCAACCUGGGCAAGCCCAUGGCAGGGAAGGACGCGCGUGGGGAGCCUCCUGGGCGGGGACAGCUGUCCCGGAAGCGCAGCCCUCCGGGCGCCAGCCGGAAGCGCCGCUCCGGAGGCGGAAACGCCUGGCUUCCGCGUGGCCGGCGGGUGCGGUGGGAUCCCCGCGGCCCGGCCCACUUAAACUUCCCCGUGCGGAGGGGGCGCCAAGACCACCAGGAGCGCGUGAGGUAUAAGGGCCCGCGCGGCCGGCGCUUGUGUCUGUCAGGAAAAAGCCUCUUUUAAAGGCCAACCGAUUUGAAUCGGCUUAUUCCCGGGAGGUAUUGUUGCUGGGCCCAGAAAGGCCACCACGCAUGCAUGCGUUCUUUUAUUCAGUAUGGUUCUCGUUUGGCCAACAGAUGUGUUCUUCUGUGCCACUUUUUAGACAUUCAUAUGUAGCAGAGAGGUGUUUUAUAUCCCUUUAAAACAACUGACACUUUUAUGUACCGUUCGGGCCUCUACUCUACGAUUAGCAUCCAUUCUACCUACCGACAUUUUAACCUGUAAAUGAGGAAGAAGAAAAAAAUGUCUCAAAAGCAGAUGAAGGAAGCUUUUGUCAGUAAUCAUAAUGGAACAAGCGUGCUUGAAGUAACCGAGGGCUUGUGCUUGCCUGCACUCUGUAUCCUGGGCAGAGGGCUUCUGAUCAUUCUCUCACAGCACUUAUGUUCUUCACAUACCUGGAGAACUCCAUUCUUCAUUGACUUUGCUUUCAUAAUAGUUCCCGUGGUGACCACUUUGACCAUUUUCUCUUCAUUUGUCCUCCUUGAGUACCUGGCUGUAAUCAUCUUUGGGGCAGGGCUGUUCUAUCAAAUAUACUGCAGGAGAACUUGCUAUGCCAGAAUGCCCAUCAAGAAAAUCCAUGAGAAAUUCUUGAAAGUCAGUCUAGAAUCAGAACACAUUCCAGCCAUCUCCUGUUUCCGUGUAAUUAACAGUGCAUUUACUGCUGUUGCCAUUUUGGCUGUGGACUUCCCACUUUUUCCUAGAAGAUUUGCCAAAACCGAGCUCUAUGGGACAGGAGCAAUGGAUUUUGGAGUAGGAGGCUUUGUUUUUGGGACUGCAAUGGUUUGUCCAGAGGUUAGGAGGAAAUAUACAAAAGGGUCCAGAUUUUACUAUCUUACAAGGUCAUUGUACUCUGUUUGGCCAUUAGUCUUCCUAGGAAUGGGACGAUUGGUCAUUAUAAAAUCCAUAGACUAUCAGGAACAUUUAACUGAGUAUGGAGUUCACUGGAACUUUUUCUUUACCCUAAUAUUUGUGAAGUUGAUAACAUCACUGCUCUUGAUUGUUUUCCCCCUAAAUAAAUCCUGGAUUGUGGCCAUCAGCAUUAUCAUAUUAUACCAGCUAGCCCUUGACUUUACUCCCCUGAAAAGGUUAAUUUUGUAUGGCACUGAUGGCAAUGGCACAAGGGUUGGUUUAUUAAAUGCGAACCGAGAAGGAAUAAUCUCUACGUUGGGGUACGUGGCGAUACACAUGGCUGGUGUUCAAACAGGGUCAUAUGUGCUUAAGAAAAGAUCACAUAUCAAAGACUGGAUAAAAGCAGCAUAUCAUAUUCUACUGACAGCUACUGUCCUCUUCAUCUUUCUUUACAUCAUUCAGGUAAAUGUGGAAGUGGCAUCCCGAAGAAUGGCCAAUUUAGCCUUUUGUAUUUGGAUAGUUGCUUCUUGCCUGAUCCUUCUUAGCAGUUUAUUACUGGGUGAUAUAAUUUUGAGUUUUGCCAAGUUUCUAGUUAAAGGUGCAGCAGUACCAUGUUCUUGGAAACUUAUCCAUUCACCUGCUACAGAUAAAAAGCAUUCAGAAUCUCUAGUCUCUGAACCUGAAGGAAAGAAACCCACUCUUUGUUUAAUCACAGCAAUGAACAGAAACCAGCUGAUUUUUUUCUUGCUGUCAAAUGUAACAACUGGCCUAAUCAACCUGUCUGUAGAUACCUUACACAGCAGUAACUUGUGGGCCUUUUUUGUGCUCAAUCUCUAUAUGUUUACCAACUGCUUAAUUAUAUAUGUGCUACACUUGCAAGAUAAGACUAUAAAAUAUUGGUGAUCAAUAGGUGUUGGAUAUGUUUUGAAAAAUAUUAUUUUAAUGAGGAAGAAUAAAUAUAAAAUAUGAAGAAAAUGGGCUUUGGCAAUGAAAUGUUAACUUAUUGUAUUAUAAAUGUUUCAUUCCUACUCUAACAGUUGUGAUACUUAAUAUUCUAAAUGAAUCUCAACACUAUAUGAAACAAAUCCAUAAAGAAACAAAGCCUCGUGACUUGUUAGAAUAUUUAUAAAUUUCAGUAUUUUAAAGAAACUUGUGUUUACAUUUGUGCCACUGGAAGAUUGGAAGGUAGAGAGGAUUUUUACUUUGUCUUAUAUCACCUAUUACCAUUCUGUAUUUUUUAUUGUAUUUUAUAGUAUUUACAGUAAAAUACCUCAGCUUUGGGAUUGUCAACACUACUGCUCAAUUUUAAUCUUUUAAAAAAGCCUCAGUAUAAGAAAGCACAAGUUUAAAAUCAAAUACUUAUAAAGUCAGAAAACAGUUAAAUGCUCCAAAGAAUAGACUGAAUUGUAUGUUGUGGUUUACACACUAAUUAUGAGACUUUUUUUUUGCCUUGAGACUAAAUAAUCCAUUUUUUUAGCCUACUCUCUGCUAGGGAUGAUAUGCAAAAGUUUCCUGAUGUCUCGCAGCUUGCAAUCUAAUGGGGAAAACACAUUAAACAACUGUU